AUGGCUGGCUUGAGUAUGGGGCGGCUCUACGGCAUCCAGACUACCGGUCCUGUCUUAUUGCACUGUUCUGGAGAGUCGUUCCCUUGUUUCCGAACCAGUCAAGACCGGUAUCACAUCAAGGUGCUCAAGCGAGAUGACAACCACCAUACUGAACCCCUAAGCGAUAGCACAGCAGCACCCUGGACCAGAUGCCUAUACAGCGAAGCAGGGAUCAAGAGCUCCAAGGUGACACAUGCGGGACGGGUCUCUGGGGCCAGACUCGCUGAGUUGAAUGGAGUCUCUGGAUAUCAAAUUCGCCAGGGCGGUCGCUGGAAUGCAGACCACAUGACUGGUUGUUACUUGACUACUCUGCCUCGAUCCUUCAUGCGUGGUAUUGCAGACUUUGAUCCUGACUGGUCAUCAAACUAUUACUUGCCUCGGGCGGCUGUCUGCCCUCCGCCAGCAUUAUUGAAUCGUGUGUGGCCAGACCUGGAUACGUGGCAAGCAGCACAUUUAGAAAGAAUAGAUGCAACCGAGAGAGUAGAGCCAAACGUCGCUGCUGGCGGAUUUCUAGAACUAUUACAGAGGCUCAGAACCGUAUUCUUGCAGGACUCUGUACUCUGA